AUGAAAGCUUAUGUUUUCUUCCGUCUAGGAGAUGAUGACUUGAUUAGAGAAGAACAAUUUGUGAAUUUUGCAUCACAUGAAGACAAUGACACUGAUUUACCUUCAGAUGACGAGGAUAACCCAGAUGAGGAUUUUGGUGAUAAUGAGGAAAAUCCAACAAAAUCCAGGAAAUUUGUUAGUGCGAGGGAGUACUACUGCUUCAAAGUGCGGGUCAGGAAGAAGCUUUUAAACAUAAUAUUGUUCGGGGGGCGCCUUUUCCAACAGUGGGCUGUUGACAUGUAUAUAAAAAUUGAGACUAUGAGGCUUGACUGGUACUCAAAGCCGGCAAAUCAGAAGGUUUUACGUGCUGACCUCUACCAGGGUCUUGUUGACACCGUCGUUGCUGGUGAGUCGCGCGGUGAUCGGAUUGGCAAGAGAAUUGUGCUUCCACGUACAUUUCCUGGUGGUGACCGUGACAUGCAGCGAAGGUUCCUAGAUGCGAUGGCAAUAGUUCAGCGCUGGGAGAUACCUGACAAAGAGAAAUACCAUGUUCUACAUGAUUUGGUCAUCAAACACAUGCUGCACGGACCCUGUGGUGAGUUGAAGAAAAGUUGUCCUUGCAUGAUUGACGGCCAAUGCCGGUUUCAUUAUCCAAGAGAAUUUUGCGCUGCCACACAGCAAGGGAAAGACUCAUAUCCCAUUUAUAGAAGAAGGGACAACGGGCGUGGAGUCAGGAUCAGAGGAGCAGAUUUGGAUAACAGAUGGGUCGUCCCUUACAACCCCUUUCUGCUUAUGCGAUACAACUGCCACAUUAAUGUCGAAGCAUGCUCGAGUAUCAAGGCAGUCAAGUACUUGUUCAAGUACAUCUACAAAGGUCAUGACAAAGCAUCCUUUGCAUGCGAGCAGGAUAUCAUCAAUAGUGGUGGAAUCAUCAAUGAAAUUCGACAAUAUAGGGAUGCACGCUUUGUAUCACCUCCAGAUGCAAUGUACCGGAUUUAUGGUUAUAAAUUAUUUGGUGUAAGUCCAUCUGUGCUACAACUCCAACUUCAUUUGCCAAACAUGAAUCCAGUCGCAUUUAAUGCCUGUGAAAAUCUGGAAGAUGUUGUUGCUCGACCAUCUUCUUCCAAGUCCAUGCUUACCGAGUACUUUGAGAUGAACCGGAAGUUUCCAGCAGACACGGAAAUGGUUGUACGGAGAGUUUCCGAACAUUACUGGAUGGAUUGCUUGGAAAUAAAAAAUGGCAGAAUAGAAGAAAUAAGAGAUCGCAAAUUGGAAGACUUGUGUAUGCACACCCUGCUGAAGGAGAUAGAGGCAGCCACAUUUCAGAUGCCUUGUGCCCUAAGAAGGUUGUUUGCGACUAUACUUGUAUUCUGCGAGGCAACAAAAAUCCGACAGAUGUGGGACAAACAUCUAGCAUCAAUGUCUGAGGAUUACCGUCUUAAUCAAUCAAAUGAUGCAACAAUAGAGCAGAUGGUCCUUAGAGAUAUCAGGGAUAUGUUACAAUCCAUGGGAAAGGAUAUUACAAGCUUUGGACUUCCAGAUCUGGUUGAUACCAAUAGUUCCUAUGAGGCGGAGUAUAGGGAGGUAGUAGAGGAGAGGCAAGUAACCGCAGACAAAGAACAUCUAGAUCUACUUCACAGUUUGAACAGUGAACAGCUGACUGGUUUCAAUGAUAUAAUGGAUCAUGUGACAAACAAAAAAGGCCAGAUAUUCUUCGUUGAUGGUCCAGGAGGCACUGGCAAGACAUACUUAUACAAGAGUGGUACGGCGGAGUUGCUAAAACAGGCGUCCUUGGUAAUUUGGGACGAAGUCGCUAUGACCAAACGUCAAGCAGUUGAGACACUUGAUAGAUCGCUCCAAGAUAUAAUGGAAUGUCCCUUGCCGUUUGGGGGGAAGGUUGUCAUCUUUGGUGGGGAUUUCAGACAGGUCCUUCCUGUUGUGACAAGUGGGACAAGAGCACAGAUCACGGAUGCAACACUUCUGAGAUCCUAUCUGUGGGAGAAGACACGUAAGAUACGCCUCACGCGCAAUAUGCGGGCACAAGCUGAUCCUUGGUUCUCCGAAUACCUCUUGAAGAUCGGCAAUGGAACGGAAGAGACAAUUGGUGAUGACUAUGUGCGUCUCCCUGAUGACAUUGUGAUCAGAUAUACCGAGGAUGAAAAAGCUAUAAACACGCUCAUCGAAAAUGUCUUCCCAUCUCUGCAUGCCAAUGCUAGAUCAAGAGAAUACAUGAGCGCACGUGCAAUACUUUCGACCAAGAACGAGCAUGUGGAUGACCUGAAUAACAAGAUGAUUUCCAGGUUUCCUGGCAAAGAAAGGUUAUAUCAUAGCUUCGACUCAACUGAGGAUGACUUGCAGAAUAAUUACACUAUUGACUUUUUGAACUCGAUCACACCAAAUGGCUUGCCCCGCAUGUUUUGA